AUGACAACGGUGCGGAGAGAGGCGUUCGGGCGGAUGCCCCCGGAGGAGGGAGGCGGAGAGGUGGAGAAGUUCGUCUUACAGUCGGACAGCGUGAGAGUGGAGAUCCUGUCUUUUGGGUGCAUCAUCACCACGCUGGAGACAAAAGACAGGGAUGGGCAGUUUUCAGAUGUUGUCCUAGGAUUUGACACUUUAGAAGGUUACACAAGGAAGCACCCGUUCUUUGGUGCCGUCGUGGGCCGUGUUGCCAACAGGAUUGCAAACGGGAGGUUCAACCUGGACGGGAAGGAGUAUCAGCUCUUCAUCAACAAUGGGCCCAACAGCCUGCAUGGAGGAGCCAAGGGAUUUGACAAGGUUCUCUGGAGCCCCCAGGUGCUCCCAAACGGCGUCCGCUUCUUCCGGCUCAGCCCCGACGGCGAGGAAGGCUACCCUGGUGACCUGAAAGUCUGGGUGACCUACACCCUCAGUGGCAGGGAGCUGGCCAUCAACUACCAGGCCCAGACCAGCAAGACAACCCCCAUCAGCCUGACAAACCAUGCGUACUUCAACCUGGCAGGGCAGGGCUCCCAGGAUAUCUAUGACCACGAGAUCUCCAUUGAAGCAGAUUCCUACCUGCCUGUGGAUGACACCAAGAUCCCUACUGGGGAGGUGGCUGCCGUGCAGGGCACUGGAUUUGAUCUCCGGCAGCCUGUGGAGCUGGGAAAGCACUUGGAGAAGUUUCAUCUGGAUGGUUUCGACCACAACUUUUGCCUGCAUGAGGGGCAGGACCGACACCUCGUGGCCAGGGUUUUGCACCCGCCCACCGGCAGGACCAUGGAGAUUCACACCACCCAGCCUGGCAUUCAGUUUUACACUGGGAACAACCUGGAUGGCUCCCUGAAGGGCAAAGGUGCUGCCACGUACCCCAAGCACUCGGCUUUCUGCCUGGAAACCCAGAACUGGCCCGAUGCCGUUAACAAGCCUCACUUCCCCAGUGUCCUGCUCCAUCCGGGUGAGGAAUACAACCACACCACGUGGCUCGUGUUCAACACUGCUUGA